AUGGGUUGCAGCAGUUCAUUCAUCCCAACAUUUGCUCUCAUUUUACUCAGAAUUUGUUUACAUAACGUUGAAGCUGAAAUCUUUAACGUCUAUUCUUUUGCUGCCAUUUCCGAUGAAGAAGAUUCUGAUAUUACAGCGGCGUUGGAGGAAGGGUGGAGCCUAGCAUGCCAGGGAAGCAAUGACGACAAAAACACAGUUUUGAUUCCAAAGGGAACUUUCUCGUUGAAGGCCGUCACGUUUUCCGGCCCAUGCAAUGCUCCGAUCACAUUUCAAGUUGACGGCAACGUGAAGGCUCCGGCCGGCGCUUCUGUCGGCGGCGCCGAACAAUGGGUUCUGUUCACCGACGUCCAGGGCUUGACCAUUUCCGGCACCGGCACGUUUGAUGGCCUCGGUGACACUGCGUGGGGUGAAAACAAUUGCAAACAAGAUAACGAUUGCGACCAACUCCCCACGUCUAUAAAAUUGAGCAGAGUGAGUGAUGCGUACAUCGGAGGCAUAACGUCGGUAAACAGCAAGUCGGCCCACAUCAAAAUUUCCGAGAGCAAGACCGUCGAGAUAAACGGCGUCAAAAUACAAGCGCCGGCCGAGAGCCCCAACACCGACGGGAUCGACAUCUCCAGAUCUGACGGCGUCAAAGUAUUCAACUCCGACAUCGGCACCGGCGACGACUGCAUCGCCAUAAUCCGAGGAACGACCAACCUCCACAUCAACAACGUCAACUGCGGCCCCGGCCACGGCAUCAGCAUCGGAAGCCUCGGAAAGUACAAGGACGAAGGCGACGUGAGCGGCAUCGUUGUCGAGAACUCCCGAUUAUCCGGCACCUCAAACGGACUCCGGAUCAAAACCUGGGCGUCUCCGUACCCUAGUAAGGUGUUCGACGUUACUUACAGAGAAAUCGUCUUGGACAACGUCGAUAAUCCGAUCAUCAUCGAUCAGAACUAUUGUCCGAAUUCGAAUUGCGGAUCGGAGGGAGAAUCGGCGGUGGAGAUUUCAGACGUGAAAUACGAGAACAUCAAGGGAACCAGCGACGACGAGGUUGCAGUGAUCAUGAAUUGCAGCAAAGCUAAUCCUUGCCGAGAUAUCACGUUGUCGGGAUUGGACAUCAAAUGGAAAUCUCAAGAACUCACCAAGGCCAGUUGUUCAAAUUUCGAAGGGGAAUUCAUUGGAAGCAACUCUCCUCCAAGGUGUGGAUGAUCUGCUAUUUUAACUUGUAAACCAACCUACCACGCUUCACCUUCAAAUAAACUUCUAUAUUUAUUA